CUGCUUCCGAUGGACGACCAGACGGCAAGGCUGCAACAAGGCUGUGUUGGGGGCGGUGAAAACUUAGCAUCGACCUCGCAGCGUUGCAAUCAUUUAAGCUCACUGUUAAGCGAGUCUGCGUUACAUCGGUACCCCUACCGGUCCAGCCUCGUCGUGCCUUCUUUUCCAUCAACCGGCACCGAACGCGGAUUGCGGAACAAGCACAGCAUACGGAUAAUGGAGACAGAUUGCUUGCUACCUAAUCGCCGAAUGCAAGUAAGACGUACUGCAGAUCAAAUCCCCCAGCAUAGGCACUGUGUCACAAUACAUGUAUGCUGGAUCUGCCCGCUUCGCUCGAGUCAAUGUCUCUAAGAGAACUAUCCAUGCGUCAGCUGCGUCAUAUGAGGUGCAUCUUCAACUGGUUGCCUUUUUCGCCUCUUGAUGCGGGUCUUACUGUAGAUCAGACAUUGGAAAACUGUUUGAUGCUCGAGUGCCCGCCGCGGAUGAGUUCGUUGUGUUUAGCAGGAAAGCCAGUAGUGGAUCCAUUUGCAAGACCCUCGAUCAGACGGAUCACAACCCCUACGGUAAC